CCCUCUGACCGCCCCAUCGCCGCCGCCAUGACGUCGCGAAAGGACAUGCGACGCGCCGACCUGAUCGUGCCAUACGCCGAGCCGGCAAAGGACAAGUCCGAUGGCGACAUGUCGGGCACAAUGGCAAGCACGCUGCCCAUGGCUGCUAUCUUUACUCGAAACAAGAUGAUCGGCUGGGUUGCUGUAGUCUUCGCCAUCCAGUCGUGGUUGGCCGAGACUCCUGAUCAAAAGCGGAAGUCUACCACGCCCGCCUACUACUCCGUAGGCAUGGCCUUCAUGUCACUCAUCGUUGGCUACUCUCAGCUGUUCCUCCCGCCCACGCCAGGCACACUGCAAGCAGGCACUGGCACGCAAGCACCACCUGCGGCACCUCCGUCGUAGGCUGGGACAAAGCAGGCGCCACCAAUGUAGCAAUAGAUUUGGACCAAAGAGGUCGUGUAACUGUUUAAUACCAUGAGGCCUUCAGGGCAAGCAACAUGCCCGAUGCAGUGAGCCUGGACUGUCUGACGAGACACAUGAACAGAUUUGGAAGUGCUCUACAAACUUGAACACGGCCAGACUAGUCCAGCCGACUAGAACAUGUCACUUGUGCUUCGCUCUAUCCCGUUCCGCCAGCGCUCAGAAAAGGUAAGUGCUACGCGGGCCCUGCACAGACCACUA